ACCACCUCCCGCCCAUGCGCAGACUCUCGAUUGACAUGGCAACAGCCAACGCGUCAUUAGAAACGUCCUCGCGCCUUUGCUUCGUUGUAUCUGGGUGUCAAUAAGGAUUAAAUCGGUAAACUAUGAAUUACAGCAGGAAAACGUUGGUUUCAGACUGGCACAAAAACAGGGAGUCAGAACCAAAAGACUGUGAAUAUCGUGAUGGACAAAGACAAUUACACAAGUCAACAUACAAACAUUUUGGCACACAUUCCUAUGCAGACUGGAGAACAACAACCCAAAUUGCUCAGUCAGAGAAAGAGCACAAGGCUAAGGACCCCGCAAAAUCAAUGUCCCAUCAUGUUUGCUACUCUGCUACACUCCCCGUGUGGACCGUUCCAGAGAAACAGGGACAUCAGACACAGCUCACAAAUCUGUCCAAUCCUGCUCUCAAUCAACCUGUAAUGACUAUGAGUUGCUUACUACAUAUUCAUUGGAUUAUACAUAUCCACCAAGUGUUACCUCCAAGCAGGCAAUUCAAGCCAAGGACUCGAUGGAUAGGGAGCUGGAUUUUAGAAGACGCCAGUCUCAGUUCACUGACGUGGCAGAUCAUCGGCGGUUGGGCCGGAACACCUGGCAGGACUUUAAUGAUGUGCAGGCUAUAGGCCAUGGAGUGGCAAAAUCCCUGUAUAGACAAAUAAAUCUUUCAUGCCCAUAGGGAUAAUAUCCAAUUCUCAUACUUCCUUUUACUUGUUUUGGAUUUGGUAGAGCAAUAAUUAAAAGUAUGUCUUGCUUAUGUUUUUCUUUUUAUCAUUUAUAAUUUGUCUGAAUAUUCUUCAAUUCUGGAAUGAAUGGAUAAGUCAUCUACACCACCCAUCAUGUCCCACCACACACAGAACCUAUUUAAACGCUGUAGGGACUGGGUCAUUGCUGGAAUUUGCUUUCCUUUUCAAUGGGAACUAAUCAAAUACAUUUACACUACACUGCUAUACUUUUUGCUUCCAUUAUCUGUUUAAGCUGAACAUAAUCUAACAAAGCUUGUUUAUUCAUGCAUACAUAUUAGUGGCUUUGUGCCAUGUUUCCAGUGAGAUUCGGCCCCGCUCAGCAAAAAAAGAAAAGAGCUGCACACAGCUAUGCUGCACAGCAGAUGUAGAGAUUAAAUUAGCAAUGCAUCAUCACUUUCCUGCAUCUUCUUCUUUAGUUGGAGCGGUUGUUACCAUGGCUGAUGUGUUGGGCAUCUCUAAGAAACACUGCAUCAUGUUGCUUUGCCGGUUAUUGGUUUUCUUUUUUAAGAGAAUGGCUCAUACCGUUAUAGGGAGAGCAACCACACAAGCCUGACUAUCUAUUACUCACCCACAUAAGGAACUGUUUGAGCCAAAUGUUUAAAGUUUGCCCUUAAUAAACACUAACAAACUUGUAUUUUAAUAAACCAGUUCCAAACUAA